AUGUCUUUCCUCGCACGCAACACGUUUACGCAGGCCAGGUCGGGUCUCUCUCGACAGGCAGCCUCUACCUCUGCGUGGGGCAUUCGCCACGAAUCCUCAUCGGCGGCUGCCAAGGCCACCGUGGCUUCCGGUUCUUCGUCGAGCGAGAGUGCACCGGCGACGCACUACCGAAUCACGCUUCGACGCUCGGGCAUCGGCAUGCCCGACAAGAUCAACCGCACGCUGCAGGGACUCGGGCUCAAGAAGCGUCUGCAGUCGGUGUACCGACCGAUCGGAGCAGACAUGGCGGGUGCCAUCCUGGCGGUCAAGGAGCUCGUGCACGUCGAGAACGUGCGACGCCUGGAGGAGGCGGAUCAGAUGCUGCUCAGCGAUGAGGAGGCCGUGUGGCUCAACGAAGCGGGCGAGAUCGUCGACCCCGGCAAAGCGGCCAAGAAGGCGCCUCGUGGCUACAAGGUGGUCGGCAACGUCGUGAGCGAGCUGCGCGACCAGCAGAUCAAGAACGGCUCGUCGGCAUAG